AUGGCAAAAGUUCAAAAGGGAUGCAAGGAUUAUUUCACGGAUACGGAAGAAUCGGAUUUUGAAUUUUCUGAAUCUGAUGAAUCCGAUUCUGAUGAUGACUCUGAAUUUUUAUUGGAAUCGGAGGAAGAAAGCUUUCUGGACGAGCAACCUAAAUCUGCAAAACGUUCCAUUCCGAAAAAGGCUGUGAUACCGAAACGACAACCUUAUUCACGUCUUCCUCAAAAGCCACUGGAGAAAGCCAGACUACAAAAUGAAAGCAACAGUCGUUCUCGAAAUGUGAAAGAUAAACAAAAUUUAUCAACUCAUGAAUGGACUUCAGAACGUGCACCCCCGCCAAUGUUUGAAUUCAAUGAGACACCAGGACUGAAAUUACCGAGUGGAAUUUGUGACACUCCAAGUCAAUUUAUAGAUUUGUUUCUCGAUGACACUUUCUUGGAGUUAUUGGUCGUAGAAACGAACAAAUAUGCAAAAGCGACAAUUGAAGCCAAAGAGGCCAAAGGUGAACUGAAACCACAUUCCCGCCUGAAGGCUUGGACUGAUACGAAUAGAGAAGAAAUGAAAAUAUUUCUUGGCCUGUUUCUUCAUAUGGGAGCGUUAUCCUUGCCGUCUAUUCCACAUUAUUGGUGUGAAAAUGAAUUGUACAAGACUUCAUUCUGGCGAGAUCGAAUGAGUCGCAAUCGUUUUCAACUGAUUCUUCGAUUUUUGCAUUUUGCUGAUAAUUUACAGCAAAAUGAUGACCGGUUGUACAAAAUCAACCCUGUAUUGCAUCAUUUCAAUUCAACGAUGAAUAAAAUAUAUUCGCCGAAAAGAGAACUUUGUAUAGAUGAGUCAAUGGUGCUAUGGCGAGGACGACUAUUAUUUCGACAAUAUAUGAAAGACAAGCGACAUCCAUAUGGCAUAAAGUUGUACGAGUUGUGUGAAUCGUCGGGAAUUGUGUUGAAAAUUCAGAUUUAUGCCGGUAAAUCAACUGCAACAAUUACGACAGAAGAAGGAACAAGUGUCACAGCGCAAGUAGUAUUGGAUUUGAUGGAUGGCUUUCUGUAUAAAGGCCACAUUCUGUAUACAGAUAAUUUCUACAACUCGGUUCCCCUCACUAAAACACUUACCAGUAAAUCCACAUACCUAUGCGGUACCUUACGAAGCAACAGAAAAGAAAAUCCGAAGGAAGUGGUCAAACAAAAGCUUAUGCGGGGCGAGCUGUCGUAUUUACGUUCUGAUUCGGUUAUCGUUUGUAAAUGGAGAGACAAAAGAGAUGUCCUCACAAUCUCAAAUAUGCAUGAAGUUGAAUUAGUCGAUGUACCGAACCGCAACGGAAAAAUUUCAACGAAGCCGAAUAUUAUCCGAGACUAUAAUUUGGGUAUGGGUGGGAUAGACCGAGCCGACCAGAUGAUGUCAUAUUAUUCAUCUGAAAGAAAAACGGUGCGCUGGUACAAGAAGUUGGGUAUCCAUUUUAUUGAAGCGUUUAUUCAAAAUGCAUACUGGAUGCACAUGUCGAACCACAGCGACGAAAAGACGAGUCUGUUGGACUUCCGCGAGAUCAUUGUAAAGCAUUUGGCUGGAAAACCGACGAAAGGUGUUGCUGAUCAGAGUCAAAACUGCAAAGGAAACAAACUGGAUAACCGAACAGGCAAAUUUCACUAUUUGGAUUCACUACCUCCGACUAAAAACAAACAAUUUCCAACCAAGCAAUGUGCUCAAUGCUCAAAGAAUAAACGCAAAGAAACCCGGUAUUUCUGCCCAGUGUGCCCCGAACAACCAGCCUUAUGUGUGGUGAAUUGCUUCAAGGAAUACCACUUGACUCACUCAACUAAAAAAAAUUGA